CAGUCGUCGACCCACCAUCUUUCGUUGUUCGGCCGUCAGCAUGAUCUCGGCCGAGUUCACUGGUACUGAUUACUAUGCAGUAGCGUAAGGUGUCCCCAGAACUUCGGCCGAUCAGUGUAACGCCGAAGCUCAUUGAUACACGGUACAUACAUAACACUGACAUGAAUCCCGAAUUUCAGGUCUGCUCAGCAAAGAAUAAUAUGCAUGGCUUGUCAAACCCCCCCGUUGACCUCAGACUACUCUGCGUCAAACUACAAUCGGACAGCGGCAUUUGUGUAUUCUGCUGAGUACACUGCGCCCGUUUUAUCUCUUCUGAACCCUUCCAUUGGCGAACGAAUUGUUGACUUUGGAUGUGGGACCGGGGAACUGACCUUGCAGAUCCAAGAAGCCGUUGGUGCAAGUGGGCUGACCGUUGGUAUGGACUAUAACAAUGACAUGAUUUCCAAAGCCUUGAUGAACGGGGUUAGACACGCAUACGUGUCUGACCUUCAAAAUAUUCAGUUACAUGAACAUGUAUUGGAGAAUUCUUUCGACGCUGUCUUCAGCAAUGCCGUACUACAUUGGUGUAAACAAAAUCCGCGCGGAGUUCUGGCCGGAGCAAAGCGGUUGCUUAAGGUCGGCGGGCGGUUUGUAUGCGAGAUGGGUGGGUUCAUGAAUUGCAUCGGCGUUCGGAUCGGUCUUCACCGGGCUGUCAAAAGACGCGGUUACGAGCCCGAUAAAAUGGAUCCCUGGUACUUUCCGUCAAUCGAAGAAUAUCAAGGGCUAUUGCAAAACGCAGGUUUCCGCGUCAAUACCAUUAGUUUGGUUCCAAGGCUGACGCCGCUGCUGGACGACGGCCUCCAUGGAUGGCUCCAGCUGUUCGCGCGCCGAACGUUCCUGAAGGAAUUCAGUGACGAAGAGGCCGCUGCCAUCAUUGAUGAGGUUGUAGAUAUGUGCGAGGUUGACAUGAAGGAUAAAGAAGGGAAUUGGGCUCUCAUGUACGUUCGAUUGAGAUUCUUGGCAACCCUUGAUCGCCUUUGAUGGAACUGUAACUGAGGAAAGAUGCGCAAAGUUGACCGUAAAGAUGUACAUAUUUAAUUACGACGAAUACGAUCCAUCUCUGUGC